GAGUGAGUGUCAGGUUUCAAACUCCACACUAGCCAUUCAAAAAGCAGCGCGAUGUUGCGGGCCCGCCUCAGGCUCCUGGUCUGGGCUCUGUGCAGUGUCUGCAGCAUGAGCAUCAUCCGAGCUUAUCCCAACUCCUCGCCGCUGUUGGGCUCCAGCUGGGGCGGCCUGACCCAUCUGUACACCGCCACAGCCAGGAACAGCUACCACCUGCAGAUCCACAGGGACGGCCACGUGGAUGGCACUCCCCAUCAGACCAUCUACAGUGCUCUGCUGAUCAGAUCAGAGGAUGCUGGCUUUGUGGUGAUAACAGGUGUGAUGAGUAGGAGAUUCCUCUGUAUGGAUUUCAGAGGCAACAUUUUUGGAUCACAUUUCUUCAACCCGGAGAACUGUAGGUUCAGACACCAGACGCUGGAGAACGGCUAUGACAUCUACCACUCUCCCCAGCAUCACUUCCUGGUCAGCUUGGGCCGGGUGAAGAGGGCCUUCCUGCCAGGCAUGAACCCGCCGCCCUACUCCCAGUUCCUGUCCCGGAGGAACAUCAUCCCCCUGAUUCACUUCAACACCCCCACGCCGCGCAGGCGGCACACCCGGAGCGCAGAGGACGAUGCAGAGAGGGACCCGCUGAACGUGCUCAAGCCCCGGCCUCGCAUGACCCCGGCCCCGGCCUCCUGCUCCCAGGAGCUCCCGAGUGCAGAAGACAACAGCGUGGUGGCCAGCGACCCUUUGGGAGUGCUCAGAGGCAGUAGGGUCAACACGCACGCAGGUGGAAUGGGCGUGGAAAGGUGCCACCCUAACCCCAAGUUCAUCUAGGGAAACCAGAAAGGAUCCUCCUUACCAACCUUUCAGCCGACUCAGCUCUCUUCAAAGGGUCCAGCUCCCUUUACACUCCAAGGGCAAGGUGGAGGUAAUGCGUGCAAUCCCGGCUUCUCUCCAUUCCCUUUUCCUCAGGUCGCCUGAGUACCAGCCUUUGCCACCUGAGUACUGGGGUUUCAUUUCCCUCACCCUGCACCUGCGCUUUUCUAUACAAGAAACCCCAACAAGUAAAUGUCCCAUUACAGGAGAGAAACUGGAUUCCCACCACCCCCACUUCCCUUUCCUCUGCCUUUCUUCUACGUCAGUAUAGCAUUAAGAAAAAGCAGUGGCUUGGUGGGUUUAGACUUGCAUGGUGUGGGGAAGGGGCCAUCUAGCAGCUUCUCCAGCACUCUGUGUUACCCAUCUGGAUCUUACCGCGAUUGAGUUUGCACACCUUAACGUUAAGAGCUGAACCAGGCAAGUUGAUGAGAACGCUAAUUUCAAGUUUGGGUUCUGCCUUGAGUAUCUCUAGGGAAGUUAUCAAAAAAGACUGAUGUCAGGUUGGUCAAAACUUAACGUGGAGAAUGCUCGUGAACUGAGGCAGCAAACUCCACCCCUUGCAGAGUGGGUAGCUUUGCCUCCCUCUCUCCUUCUACCCAGUCAGAGCCCGAGGACUAGAGUGAUUCUGCACUAGUUCCCAAGCGGCUGGUAAUUUAGCCUCACCUCUUGGCCCCAUUUUUGGCUUUAAUGAAUUAGACCCAAAGAAUAAGUUUAGUAUUGGUUCAUGAAAAUCUACCCUGCCCACCAGGAUUUGUUUUGCAAAAGGGAAACAUUCACUUUCUUCUAAUGGGCACUUAAUCAUGCCUCUACUUACAGGUUGAGUAGUAAUAACUUUGGCAUGAAUUUCAAAAAUAUGGCUGGGUUAGGGGCCUUGAGACACUGUCACAACUCUGGGUUGGACUUACCCUGGACUAAAACAUUGUAUCCUGUUUGUAAGUGAAGUGGAAUCAAGGACUUCCAUGACUGAGAAGAAGUCUAAUAACCAGAUUGUAGAAGAGGCAGCAGUGACUACCGGAUUAGUUACAGCACUCCUAGGCUGAUGGCAGGCUGUCCAUUCACUUGGAAAUUUUGGGGGCAUUAAAUGAACAUGACUUUUAGUCCUCCCAGGAGCCCCAGUGCUGUCCUGAGGAAAAAACAGCCUGACAGAGAAAGCUGAGGUGUGCCACAUGGGAACUAAUGCUGGGCCCUUAGUCUUUCCCAGUGACUUAGAUUCUUCCUGCAUGGUCCCUCUUUUGUUACCUCUAAAUGACCACUUAAAGUGCAGAAUAUUAACAUACAAAGUAGAUUCAAACUUCUUCCCACCUUUAUUUGUCCUGCCGCCUUCAUGUACCCAGACUUAAGAGAUUGAUCCAUUCUUUUUGCUGAUUGGAGAAACACUGGACAACCGCUUUGACCUGAUGAUUUUGAAGGACUAGUUUCUAUUCUGAAAUACUAAAACUAUGUAUAGCAGUGUACACAGUGGGCAUGGUGAAUCAUUUCUUUCAUGGUUUUUAUUUCCUGUUGGGGAUAUUGUCCUGUACAGUAGGCUAGAGAGGCUCCCCACUUCUGAUAAUUAGGUGGCAGAUACCAAAAGGACUUUGGUAGAAAACGGAUUGUAAUCUCACAAACCCAGCACCAACAGUGGGGGUGAUUUUUUGGAGGAGCCAAGGUAGCCCCUGCAGUUCCUUAUGUCCCUUAGUAUGUGGCCAUAUUUAUUUAUUUAUUUGGAAGAUUUUGCCUAUCACUCUAUAUUUAUAGAUAUUUAUAAAAAU